AUGGAACUAAUUUACUACAACUCAAAAUUCAAUAGAAUUCAGAAUUUGAUACUCACUCUAGAUAAGAUUAAGUUGUAUUUAAAUAACAGUGAAAGUAGUGGGCCACCAAUUUCUAUAAUUGAAGAUAACGAUUUAUUAGAUAGUUUUUGGAAAGAUUAUUCAUUAUAAACAUCAAGUGAAUCUUCAUUUUUUAAUGAAUUGUAUUAAUUAUUCUAAAAGCACAAUUAAAUGAAGUGGAUUGAAUUAAUCCACAUAAUUGACAAAAAGAAAUAGCAGCUAAAUGAUUACAAAGAAAAAUACACAAUAUUAAUAGAUAAGAACUUUUUUUGA